AUGGACGAACCAUUAAUAACCCAGCUACUCAGAGUGGCUGGUGCCAUAUUGGCUAUACUUGUUACUACAUUUGUAAUAAAACUAUAUCGAGUGCGGAGUUUCAUUCGAGGACUCCAGAAGCAAGGUCUUCCUAUGCCACCCCAUCAUUGGUUACUCGGACACAUACCUCUCAGCGCAAGUAUCAUUGGCAGUCUCCCUCCAUACGCCCACGGCGUCUACGUUGGAGACCAAAUUCGCCAAAGAUAUCCCCAUCUCGACAGCGCCUUCUACCUCGAUAAUUGGCCUCUCGCUGCCCCAAUUCUCGUCGUGCUUAAGCCGGAUAUGUUGUACCAACUGACUCAAGCAAAUCAAAUCCCAAAAGACAAAGGCAUUCGUGCAUUCCUAAAGCCCUUGACCGGCGAAUCUGAUUUGGUUACUUUGGAAGGCGAUACUUGGAAAUACUGGAGAGCUAUAUUCAAUCCUGGAUUUAGUGCUGGUCAUGUGUCAAGUCUGGUUCCAGGAAUGAUUGAAGAGAUCAAGAUAUUCAAAGAUCUGCUAAAGAAACAUGCGAAAAGUGGUAAAAUGAUAUUUCUCGAAGAUGCCAGUUUGAACCUUACAAUCGAUAUUAUUGGUAGAGUUGCAAUGGACCACAGAUUCUGCAGCCAAACUAGCUACAACGACAUGACAGCAGCAUUGCGAAGGCAACUGUUAUGGUGCACGACAGGCAUGAACAUUAAUCUUUUGGAAUACAUCAAUAUCUUUCGCCCUUUUGUGCACGCAUACAAUAGCUACCGAAUGAACCGUUACUUGUCUCGAGAACUCGACAAACGCUAUCGAAACAUCAAAGGCACUGAGAUACAGAAAAAAGACAAAUCGAUUGUGGAUUUAGCGUUAAAAGCGUAUCUCGCGGAGAAUCCUUCAGCAACAGGUAUCGAUAAAAGUUUUCAGAAUUUCGCCAUGGCGCAAAUAAAAUUAUUCAUCUUUGCUGGCCAUGACACCACCUCUGCUGGUGCAAUCUUUACAUAUCAUCUGCUCUCCCAACAUCCAAAUGCAUUGGAAAAAGUCCGGGCAGAGCACACCGAAGUACUAGGGGCCAACAUUGCGGAUGCUGAGUCUGUUAUUACUUCCAAGCCACAACUCUUGAACCAGCUUACUUAUACCAUUGCGGUUAUCAAAGAGAGUCUCCGCAUCUACCCCACUGUCGCCGCGCUUCGCGAUGGACAAUCUUAUUUCUCUUUGAUAGGGGACAAUGGCCUUCGUUUCCCCACCGAGAGAACAAUAGUCUGGGGCGAUCAUUAUGCCACACAUCAUAAUCCUGCCCACUGGCCGCGAGCCGAAGAGUUUCUUCCAGAACGAUGGAUCGUAGCCGAAGGCGACGAGCUCUAUCCGCCCAAAAAUGGAUGGCGACCAUUUGAGCGCGGUCCUCGGAAUUGUAUUGGCCAGGAAGUAGCCAUGACGGAAAUAAAACUCAUGCUUGCAUUGACCAUUCGAGAUUUUGAUUUCAAGGAUGCUUACGAGGAGUAUGAUGACAUGAAGGGCAACCCAAAGGGUUUGAAUGUAAAUGGUCAAAGAGCAUACAUGAUGCUUCGGGGAGGCGGCCAUCCGGCAGAUCAUUAUCCAUGCAAGGUAGCUUUCGCAAAGCAAAAGUAA